AUGCACCCUCCCCUGUCUGAAGAACCCUUGUUGUGGUGUUUGUUGUUGGAGGAAGGGGUUAUGGCUAUGGUUGUUGACAUAUUUUCCCAUUAUGUAGUAGGACAUGUUAUUCCAAUUUGCAAGGCUGAGUUGAGGCCUUACGAAGGUCAAAAAAUUUCUUCACUUGAGGAGGGAAUUUUCUUUUAUGAAAAGUAUGCUCAAGAGGCUUGUUUUGAUUUUCGAAGAUUUGGAAAUAGGUCUAGUGGUGGUGUUAUUACUUUUCAGUAUAUUGUCGGCAACAGACAAGGUUUUCAUACAGUUGAUCCGUUGGAUGUCGAUGUAAUUAUAUCUGACGAUGUGAACGUGUCAGAUGACGAUGAAGAAACUUCAAAGAAGAAACACAGACGUGGCACAAAACGGUGUGGAUGUGGAGCAAUGAUCAGUUUCAAGUUUUUUUCUAAUUGUGGUGUUAAAUAUUAUCUUGUGCAUCAAUUCAUUGAGGAACACAAUCAUGCUAUGGUUGACAAAGAUCAUAAGCGAUUUAUGAAAGGAAAUCGCAGUAUGAAUGAUGUUCAUCACAAGUUUGUUGAAGAUUGCACCAAAGCUAACAUCGGUCCUACUUCAAUUUUCAACUUAUUAAAGGAGUUUUUUGGUGGUUAUGAUGUUGUUGGGUGUACGUUGAAUGAUGUUAGGAAUUGUUCUCGUGAUAUUAAAGAGAAACUGAAAGAAGUGGAUUUAGUGAGCUUAUUUUGGUCUGAUGCUGAGUCUCGGAAACAUUACCAUAUGUUUGGAGAUGUUGUAGCAUUUGAUACAACAUAUUCGACAAACAGGUAUCGUAUGGUGUUUGGUCCAUUUACUGGGAAAGACAAUCACGGGUGUCCUAUUGCAUUUGGAGCUGGUUUCGUAUCCAGUGAGAAUUGUGAUGCAUUCUCAUGGCUUUUUACUGUGUUUGUUGAAUGCAUGGGUGUUGCUCCAAGGAUCAUAAUCACAGACCAAGAUUGGGGAAUGAGGCUUGCAAUUGAGAAGGUAUUAUCUGAAUCUGAAAAUAGUUUUUUUAAGAGGUACUCGAAACCGUUGUUUAAUUUUGCUGACUUCACUCUUCAGUAUAACAAUGCCAUUGAUGCUCAAAGGAAUCAAACUGAAAGGCUUGACUAUUAUGAUUCUGUAAUCUCUCCAAAAUAUGCCAUUGAUUUAGCAUUUGAGAAACAAUUGGCAUCUGUAUACACGGAUAGGAUAAUUAGAGUGGUACAAGAAUUGAUUUAUGAGGCUGAUAAGAGUUGUCAGAUGAUUAGCAUCCACCUUUUCUUCGUCCUCAGAAACAAAGAUUUCAACAAUAUUCCAGAGAAGUAUGUUGGUAACCGGUGGCUGAAAAGUGAAUUAUUGAAGGCCGUUCAUGGUCUCACAAGUGAUGAAAGUGCGUAUGGCAAAGGUUCUAACGAAGAUGACAAGCUACAGAUUGGUAACAGGUGUCAUGGACGUUACUUUGGUCUAUAUCAACGCGCUUUUAAGAAUAAAAAUCAUCUGAUUGCAUUUGAUAAUUUGCUUGCGGGUAUUGCUCCUCAAAUUUUUACUGAUGACACUACUGGAUCUUCAUCAGUUGAUAAAAAUGAUUCCAUCAAGAAUAUAUAUGGUAUUGUUGUACCUGAAGAAAUAACUGCACGUGCUCCAGAUGUGGUUAGUACAAAGGGAGGUGCAAGUGACAAGAAAAGCAGGAUUAAGUCGAGCAUAGAGAAAGCAAUUGAAAAAGAAAGUAAACUUCAUAGGCGUUGUGGAAAGUGUCAUAAAGUGACUGAUCAUAAUGCCAGGAGUUGUGGCAGAAAGUAG